UCCCCAGGCAUACAGCAAUCCACCAUAUUCCCAUGUGUGAUGAUGGCUGUCGCUAGUCAUGGACGGUUUCGUACUUGCUAUUUCAACUUUGAAACGGAUGAUAUAUAUUAUUAUUAUGGUUCAAGGAUAUAUAGACAGCAAAGUCGUCGUCGAAGCAUUAGAGACACUGCAACAUCACCAACGACACCAGACGACUACGUUCCAUUCAUUCCACCGGAAUCACCGUCCCCAUCCAAAUCAAAGAAAAUGGACAGUUUUGAUCCCUACCAGGUGUUUCAGGUGAACCACUUGCCUUGUAUGAUCCUCACAGUCAAGGUCAUCCGCGGCAAGAACAUUACCAAAGGAUGGGAAGACUACCUCGACACGCCCGAUCCCUAUAUUUCCUUAAGGGUUCGGAAUGCCCCCGAGGGCCGCAAGAAAACUCUUACAGUCGACAACAAUCCAAAUCCCGUCUGGAACGAGACUUUCACAUUCCUUUUGGACAUCCGGGAAAAGAACAGAUUACAGAUCAGCUUGAUGGAGGCCAACCUAGUGUAUGACCAGGAACUUGGAACAAUAUACUAUGACCUGUAUAAAAUGACAGAAGGACAAUGGAUGAGAGAAAAGUUCAUAUUUCAACGAAGUAUCGAAGUCUACGUCGAUUUGCUGCUGUGCUGGGACAAGAAUCCCACCUUGAGGUAUAGCCUGUGUCUGUGUGACUCUGAGAAACAGUUCCUGGAAAAGAGGCGAGAGAAGGCAUUUGAGGGAAUGAGGAAACUCCUAGGGGAGAGGUCACCAGAAAAGUUCAGUGAAGUCCCCAACAUAGCUGUGUUAGGAUCUGGUGGUGGAUUCCGGGCCAUGGUGGCACUGAGUGGUGUGUUCAAGGCCCUGAGUGACACAGGAGUCCUUGACACGGUGACAUAUGCCUGUGGGCUCUCCGGCUCAUCCUGGUAUCUCUCCAAUCUAUAUUCCUACCCUCGCUGGCCAGACAUGGAUCUGGGGGAGGUGCAGGAAGACCUCAAGAACAACAUUGACAGGAGCAUCAUGUGGCUCCUUCAGCCAAAGAGUGUCUACAGGUACCUCCAGACAAUUCUCAAGAAACGACGUGAGGGGCAACCUGUCAGCUUCACCGACUUCUUCGGACACAUGGUUGGAGAGACCCUUCUUAAAGGGAGGUUAGACAGCAAACUGACUGAUCAACGAGAGAAAAUCAACGAUGGCGAUGCUCCAAUGCCGAUGUAUACAUGCUUGCAUGUUAAGAAAGACGUUCCAGCAAGAUCAUUCCAAGAAUGGGUAGAAUUUACUCCGUACGAAAUCGGUCUGCCAAAAUAUGGAACAUUCCUGGACUCUGAGUUGUUUGGCAGCAAGUUCUUCAUGGGUAAACUGUGUAAGAAGUACGAAGAACCUCCCCUACACUUCCUCCAAGGAAUCUGGGGAAAUGCCUUCUGUAUCUUGUUCAAGAGACUGCUGGACGAUAACAGACGGGUGGACCCAACUGAGAUGAUCAGACAGGAAUUAGGCAAAGAACUCGAAAAGAACCAACUUGCUGCUGAUGAGGACAGUAGCGACUGUAGUGAUGAAGAAGAUGAAGUGGACGACGACAUUCCCAAAUCAGAUGAGAGUAGCGACGACUCCAGCGAUAACACUGGAACCCCUACUCUUAAAAACAGGUCAAGGCCACAUUUGCCCCUGAGGUGGAGGAAAUUCCGGAACCCCAAGACAAAAAGACCCGAACUGAAAAGAGCCGAGUCACAACAUAAAACCCGACAGUGGAGUUACUGGCAUAACAUGCUCAAAGGAAUGGUUGAAAACAAAAACUUCGAACUGCUGAGCACAAGGACCGGAAGGGCCACUGUCAUCCACAACUUUAUGCGCGGAUUAUCUCUGCAGGAACAGCAUUUGUCUCCCUUUACGCCUGUGAGCGAACGUGUUAAGGAAGGAGAUGAGUUUGAUGGCAUCUUCGACAUGCACCCAACAACGGUGAAGCAUAUUUACAUGGUGGAUGCCGGCCUCACAUUUAACUCCCCCUAUCCACUGGUGCUCAGACCUCAGAGGAACAUCGACAUUAUCCUUUCGUUUGACUUCAGCGCCAGGCCAAGUGAUAGUACUCCCCCCUUUAAGGAACUUCUAUUGGCUGAGACGUGGGCCAAACUGAACCGGUUACCAUUCCCUCCAAUUGACCCUACAGUGUUUGACAGAGAGGGACUGAAGGAACUGUACAUCUUCAAACACCCCACAGACCCUCACUGCCCAGUCGUAAUGCACUUCUGCCUCGUUAAUAUCAACUUCAGGAAAUUCUCCAAACCUGGGGUAGAAAGAACCACCAAAGAGGACCUUGAGUUUGCUGAUUUCGACCUGUUUGACGAUCCAGCUACUCCCUAUUCCACCUUCAACUUCUGCUACACUCACCAACAGUUCCAACGCUUGUCGAAAUUGGCGGAGUUCAAUACGCUGCUCCACGUGGAUGACAUAAAGAAUGUUAUUGCAGAUAAGAUUGAAACCAAGAGGUCAUGUCCUCCAAGGCUUCCGUUCCAUUCAAAGGAUAUGAAGCUGUUGAGAAUAAAGAGUGUCCAGGAGAGAAGAAGAUUGAAGAAGUACCUUACACGGGUAGAAAGUAUCCAUGAGGCAAACUCCCCAACUGUCGAACCCACUAGUCCUUUCUUCAAAGCACCGGAGGGUUUGGAGGAUCUUCCAGAGAGUCCUGACCCAAUGCACAGCGAUGGGGCAGAGAGGGGGAGAGUGAAGUUGACGAGACAGGAUACAGUUUGAACUUUAAACAGUAUCACCGAAUCUAUUUCCCUGGAUUCGCCUAAAGCACUUUCGGGGAAACAGUUUGACAUGUCUCAAAACGGACUUCCUGACGAGGACAUCGACACCGACUCCGACGGUUUUGAAGACAUCUGGUACGAUGCCCAGACAUACAACUUCGACCCCAAAAUGAACACCGUCACAUCUUGUGCAUCGUGAAAGGUUAUAUAGACAACACAAGGGCUAUAGUUCUUGAGUUUGGUGCUAACCGAAUUCACUCACCUCCCAUAGUGGGUAGAUGCAUGUUCGGUCGAGGCAGAAACAGGUGCUUGGAACACCGGGUGUUUAGGUGCCUUACACG